GGGCUGGCCAAGGCUUGGGGGGCCACAGGGAGCAGAAGGGGAGCAGGGAUACCACCAGAGCCAGCGAGGCCCCUCUCUAGUGGCCAGAGAAGGGCUUGGCGGGCUGGUUUCUUCCUGCCUCAGGUUCCCCCUUCUCCAGCCCUGGCCCCCAGGAGCCCCGGGAGGGAGGGCAUCCAGGGUGAGGGUCCUGUGCCCCACCCAAGCCUGUGUGCAGGAGUGCUGGGGGCAGCUGGUGCUGAGGGGUUCCUUGACUGCUUCCCCAUGCUUGGGUGCCAGCACUGUCCUGCUGUCCAGGGUUGUGGGGCCGUGUCUCGCGAGCUGGCCAGGCGUGAUGGGGAGGCAGGUGAGGGCCAAGAAGAGGUGGGACUGGCUUUUACCCUGAGCCUGGGGUUCCCAGGAUCUCACCAGGGGGACAUGGAGGAUGGGCAGGAGGGAGGCCGGAAUGGGCAUCUGUGGUGCGUGUGGUGUAGUGAGCCAGCCGGGUGUCCGGGGUAGUGGCAUGGGCACGGCCUCAGGUCCCCAGGCUUGGUCAGGUGCUGGGCAGUCAGGAGGUGUUUGGCAGAGGUGGGUGGUCAGUGGCAGAGGCCACGCAUGAGUCCCAGGCAACAGCUGUGAGUGUACUGAUGUGCUGACCGCCUGGGAUGAGGGCCACACAUCAGGGCCAGGGCCAGACCCCACUCAGGGUCUGGGGCCAUGUGGUGAGCUGAUCCCUCUGGUCCCCUGCUGGCCCCAGGCAGGUAGAUGGGGAUGGGAACCCCUGGGUGGUGGCUGGGGGUCCUUGCUCAGGCCCAGGGUUGGCAGAGCCUUUCAGGGACAAGAGCCCUGUCUCCACCCCUGAAGCCCGAGGCAGGCUGGUCACCCCAACACACAGCCUAGCCGAUCCCCAAAAGCCACUCAGAGUCUGCUGGUGCAGCUUCCGUCCUGCCCCCAGCUGUGUCACAGUCCCUGAGCCAGUGUCCCUGUGGGUGGGGGGCCUUGGGCCUGCCUCUAUGGGGGUACACCUGCAUUUCCAGCAGGUAUGGACUGGCACACUGGCCAGGGUCCCUGCAGCCACCUGCCCAGUCCCAGGUUCCAGUGCCAAUGCGUCUCCAGAACGCUGAGGUUUCCAAGUCCUGACUUGGCCUGACCCGGACCUCCACCCCCGAGGGUCCUCUUGGCCGAUUCUUAGGGUUCUCCUGGGCAUGGCGCAUGGUCCUUGUGGGAGAGCCCCUACUGGGCACUACCCUGGUGAGACUGCCAGCAUUGAAGUUUCAGGAAGAGACCAAAGGGUGAAGAGCCGACUCAGUAUCCACGUGGCACUGCCAGGCUGCUGACUUGCCCACUCUGUGCCCCCAGGCUCCCCUCUGAGCCUGGGUCUGUGGAAGAGGCUCGCCGUCCUGCACUGGCAUCCAUCUCCUGUGACAGUGGGGUUCCCAUUCAUUGAUCCCCGGGCUAGGACCUGACAUCCAGCCCUUAACCUGUAACCUUCCAUAGGAGCUCUCCUGGUCAGCCCUAUGUCCCCCCUACUGCCCCGGGAGUGUGUUCCUGUGCGUGCGUGGGCCUGGGGGUAGAGCUGACAUUAGACCUGUCCAGGGGAUCCACAGGUCUCCACAUACCUGCACAUGCUGUCUGGGAAAGUGUCUGCCUCUGUUAUGCUGGACAUGAGCUCAUCCCAGUGUCUCCAUUGUGACCUGUUGUCCCUGGAACAGCCACCAGCUAAAGGGACAGGGCAGCAUUGGGAAUUUGCCCAACCCGGUGGGGAGCAGCAUGUUUGUGUGCACGUGUGCAUGUGCACAGACAUGAUGUGUGCAGGAGUGUGUGCAGAGGCAAGGCAGGGAAUGGGGCUGGGGCAGGGGGCGGCCUGCUGGGUGGUGUCUGUGUAGCUCCAAGCUCACAGAGGUCCUGGCAGCAGGGACCCGAAGGCAGUGAUAGCACAAGAGCCCACCAUGCAGGGCAAAGUGGCUGCACGCAUGUUUGCUCGUGACCUCAGUGUGGUGUGGGCAGUCAUGCAGGCUGAGCUGCCCAGGUUAGGGAGGCCACUUUGGGGGAGGCAUUCUGCCAGGUGCCCACAUACUGUGGGGAGGCCGCUGGGCGGCUGGGUGUGGAUUUGGGAGUCCUUCAGGCAUGGCCCUGAGCCCUGGGCUGGCUCUGCCAGGCCAGCUCCAGAAGCCGUGACUGCACAUGCCAGCCUGAGGGUCAGGCUCCCCGAGGGAAGCCAGCUUGGGCUGCACACCUCUCAGCUCCAUGCUCCUGAUAAUCAUGCACACAGGAGUGUUUGCCCCAGGGAAUCUGAAAACCCCACUAGAGGAGGAAGUGGGUCCUGGGCCUCCAGCCUGCUGGAGACAGAAGGCUGUAGAGCGGCCCCUGAGGGCUGGGAGUGCUCAUCUGUGUGAAGGCGUGGACUGUCCACACAUGGGAGUGUGCAUGAGCCGUGAGUGGUGUUUGUGUGUGCAAGCAGUCAUGUGAGACUGUAGUCUCACACACAUGUGCAUGUUAGGAUGUGUCUUACGUAAAUAUGUGCACCAGAGAGCAAGUGUGCACAUGGUGUGCAUUGGCAUGCAUCUGAAUUCACACGUGUCUGUUGGUGGAUGCAAGUGUGUACGGGUGUGUCUGCAAGCACACACGGGGGUGUACCUCUGUGCAGACGUAUGCACGGGAGAGUUCAUGUCUGCGUGUGGCCUCAAAGGGGUCGCUGUGAUGUGAGGAAGUGGGGCCACUUCCCCAGGAACCCGGGCUGCCCUGGCUUCCUCUGAUGGGGUGAGGCCCCAGAUACAUAAAGCCCGGGCCUGUGGCUCUGGCUGCUCAUCCCACAUCUGCUCCCACUGCUGCUGCUUCCCAGGCCCGUCCAGGGAAGGGGAGACACGACACUGUUGUGGCCUCGGGGCUCCUGCCCCAAAGCCACCCAGGAGCAGGUACUGGCCCUAGGGUGAGGGAGCCAGGAUGGGCACCCAGGAGAUGCGGAGGCUGCCUGUUAGGCACAUGCCUGCUGCGGCCAGGGUCUUCUGGGACGUGCCCAGGAGAGACUGUCCAGCUCCUGCUGGGAGGGUCCAGGGUUCCCAGAGUGGGACUAGGCCCGGAAGAUAGGCUCUGGCAGUGGCAGCGGUGGCGGCAGGGUUGGGGCUGAGGGUCAGCCUGGGACGCAAGGAGCUCCUGGAGGACAGGGUGCUUUAGGAGGCAGAGGCCCCGUAGUGGGGGCUUGGCGGAGGGAGCGUGAGAAGAUGGGGCUGGAGUGGGGUCAGUCCGUGACCCUUCAGCUGAGCGAGGCGGCCAGGGUCCCCUGCCUGCCGGAGAAGGCAGAGCCCUAGCUGUCUCCCACCCCUGGGCACUCGGGACAGGAGGCCGGGCAGAUGCUCCCUGGGAGAGGAGACCGCGAGGAACGCCCAGGGCAGGCCGGGGCCGCUGUGCUCGGCAGGGUGGCCAGCCGGCAGGUGCCAGGGCCGUGCAAGCCGGAGGUCAUGCGGACCCGGUCCACCUGCAGGUCCUGCACGCCCGCGCCCAUGACCAACAUGAGCUGGAGCUUCCUGACGCGGCUGCUGGAGGAGAUCCACAACCACUCCACCUUCGUGGGCAAGGUGUGGCUCACCGUACUGGUGGUCUUUCGCAUUGUGCUCACGGCCGUGGGCGGCGAGUCCAUCUAUUCGGAUGAGCAGGCCAAGUUCACCUGCAACACGCGGCAGCCGGGCUGCGACAACGUCUGCUAUGACGCCUUCGCGCCGCUGUCGCACGUUCGCUUCUGGGUCUUCCAGAUUGUGGUUAUUUCCACGCCAUCAGUGCUCUACCUGGGAUACGCCGUGCACCGCCUGGCGCGCGCCUCUGAGCAGGAGCGCAGACGGGCGCUGCGCCGCUGCCCAGGUUCCCGCCGCGCGCCUCCGCCGGGGUGGGCGGAGUCGGGCGAGGCGGAGCCCAUGCUGGCGCUGAGCGCGGGCGACGACGACGACGAGGAGGAGGAGCCUGAGGCGCCGGGCGUGGAGGACAAGGCUCGCGUGGGGGACGCGGCGGGGGCGGCGGGGCCUGGGGCGCAGCACGAUGGCCGGCGGCGCAUCCAGCGCGAGGGCCUGAUGCGCGCGUACGUGGCGCAGCUGGCGGCGCGCGCGGCGCUCGAGGUGGCCUUCCUGCUGGGCCAGUACCUGCUGUACGGCUUCGCCGUGCGCCCGUCCUUCGCGUGCGGCCGUCGGCCCUGCCCGCACGUGGUGGACUGCUUCGUGUCUCGGCCUACCGAGAAGACGGUCUUCCUGCUGGUUAUGUACGUGGUCAGCUGCCUCUGCCUGCUGCUCAACCUCUGCGAAAUGGCGCACCUGGGCCUGGGCAGCGCGCAGGACGCCGUGCGCGCUUCCCGCGCUCCCGCGGGGUCUGCGCCCGCCGCCCCGCCCCGCCCCGCGCCUUGCACGCUCGCGCUCGCCGCGCCUGGCCCAGCCGGCCCGCCCGAGUACAGCCUGGUCGUGCGCGCGGCCGACCCGGGCCUGGCGCAGCUGGGGAUGCAGUCACUUCGGGACCAGGACCCUCAGCGCGACCGCGACAGCCUGCCCUGCGCCGGGCUCGCCGCUGCCUCCCGGGGGGCCCCGCGGCCCGGUGCCCCGGCGUCAGGGUCAGGUAGCAACGCGUCGGGCUCGGGGGGCGCCGCGGGAGAGCGCGGCCGGAAGCCCAGGACGGACUCGGAGCAGGGCAGCGCGGGCAGCCGGGACGGCAAAACCACCGUGUGGAUCUGAGCGUGGUACGGGAUGCUUGUGUCCCUGCCGUGAUUCUCAGGGCGGUGCCGAGCUGGGGCUCAGGGCCGAGCCCCCCCCCCCCAGGUCCUGAGCCGGGAUGGGCCCCCCGGGAUUCCCAUUCCGCGCCUCCCUGCAGCUCCCCAGGUGGGACCUUGGUGCAAGUCAGGACUCGAGCAAGGGACUAUGGUGUCCCCGUCCCCUGAAGCAGUAAAUGAGCCCCUCUGCAGGCCCCCGCCCCCAGCCCUUGUUCCUGCACAGCUGGGAGCCCCCGGUCUUCCUUGCCAGGAAAGGGAAGUACAGGCCCGUCUGACCAGGUGGAAGCCUUUUCACCCCAGCCCUGCUCUGCACCCAGCUCUGGGCGAGCACUCAGGGAGCCAGGGCUGGGCAAGACCGCACCUUCUCUGCUUACCCCUUCUGCUGGGGCGCCGGUGUGCCUUGUUCUGUGGACAGGUGCUCUGGUGGUCACAGCAUGUGGCUUUGGCCACGCGGCGGGGAGCUCUGGGAGCUGCCCAUAACUUUUGCCCUUCCCGAUUCAGAGCUAGCUUCAGACAAAUAAAGCUGACUUCUUUUACACAGGGUG